AGAGGAAGUGAGCAGCACUGACGUUUUGCAAAAGGUGAAGUGCUGACGGAAAUAUCUGGUAUGGUCCGUGUGUUAAGAGUCUGAGGAAAACUAACUUACCACAGAAAGAGAGAAAAAUAUAUUUGUAAAAGUUAGUGCAAAAUGGCUGACCAAAGGCAGCGCUCAUUGUCCACCUCAGGGGAAACACUAUAUGUUGUUCUGGGACUUGACAAAAAUGCUACACCAGAGGACAUUAAGAAAUCAUACAGAAAACUUGCACUGAAAUACCAUCCCGACAAGAAUCCAGAUAAUCCUGAAGCUUCAGAGAAAUUUAAAGAGAUAAACAAUGCUCACGCAAUUCUGACUGAUGCAACAAAACGGAAUAUCUAUGAUAAGUAUGGCUCAUUGGGUCUAUACGUGGCAGAGCAGUUUGGUGAGGAGAAUGUAAAUACAUACUUCGUCCUGUCUAGUUGGUGGGCAAAGGCUCUGUUCGUCUUCUGCGGAGUGAUUACUGGCUGUUAUUUCUGCUGCUGCCUCUGCUGCUGCUGUAAUUGCUGCUGUGGGAAGUGUAAACCAAAGCCUCCCGAGGGCGAGGAACAUGACUAUUAUGUCUCACCAGAGGAUCUGGAGGCACAGUUACAGUCAGACUUAGAAAGAGAGGGAGAUGGCGCAAUUGUGGUGCAGCCCACGUCGGCCACAGAAACAACCCAGCUGACUAGUGACAGUCACCCCAGCUAUCACACUGAAUGAUUUCACUAAACCAAGUUUGCUCUUGUAAUUAAAAAUUAUAUUUAAAAUUCAUUUCAACACUGGGAUAGUUAAAGCUAUAGAUAGGGAAAGAAUUUUCACAAGAUUGUCUGCCAAGAUGAGAGCAGCCACCAACACUGAGGAGAUCACCAUCCCUUUAUCCUGCCUUUGCCACUGUAUGUUACCUUCAUAACAAAAUACUGUGAUAAGCAGUAUUUAAAGACAUUUUAACACUUUUUUUAUUUGAGUUGCAUAUUGUAAGUGCGUAUGGGCUGUUGUCUCAAUGUCAACUUACAGUAGAACCAGUGCACAUAAACAACCAAAAUAGAUACAGCUAGAAAUCCACUGAUGCUCAUGCUGUCCUUUCCUUCUGUUAGGUUUUGUAGAUUGUUGCCAAUCAUGAUUUUUUUUUUAACAUUUUUAUUUUUGGGGGAGUGGGUAACUAUGGCCAAUAAUUGUCUUUGCCAUUAUGACAUGUUUUGUGCUUAGGAUUCAAGGAGUUUUGUUACGCGGUUAUAAUUUGUUUUGCAACAGGAAUUGGUAUGCCAUCUAUCUGCCUAAAAUGUUUUGAAAUUUCUAAAAUAUUAGAUGCAGCUCAAUAUUGCAGCUCAAAAUAAUAUUGACAUCCAGAGUUAAUAUGAUAGUGUGGUAUUUUUUGAUGGUGUUUAACUGACAGUUUCUGACAUUCAUGUCAUAUUUAAUUCAGUAACUUUGCUGGAAAGUAUGGAGUCAUUCUGUAGCCCUGCUACAAGCAAUCAUACACCUAAGAAUGAGAAUUGUUUUUGAAAGGAAACUUAACAUUUCUACUGUACCCCUGAAAAAAUAUAUCAGGUUGUAUCAGUGAGCCAGUGUAACCAAUUGUGUGCAUGUGAGAAGAGCAGAUUUGGGACAAAGUUUAAGAAUACAUUGUUUACAUUUUUAAAAAAGCAUAAAUCAUUUAACAUUUCUGGAAAAUGAUUCCUAUAUGCACUUUUUUUCUCUGCGGAUUCCUUGUUUCAUUGAAAAAGAAAAUAGGAUGCUAAACAACAACAAAUAAUGCACACAGCACUACAUUUGUACACCUGGCAUAUUUAUAAUACUGAUGUAUAGUAUUACAGCAUUAUCUGUUUCUAAGGCAAAUUUGAUCUAAUUUCCUAUUCUGGAUGCUAAUUUUAAAAAAAACCUUUUUCCAUUUUUUUUUUGUCUUCACUUUUGGAACACAUUUGCUAUUGGUUUUAAAAACUUCCUGAAAUAUACAUUUCCAGUUGAAUUGUGCUAUGUUACAAUGGCAAUAUAUAUUUAAAGGAUGACCUUAGGCAACAGUAAAAUUAUUUUUCUACCAAUUUACCACUUUUAGGGUAUAAAAGUGUUAAAUUUUUGAUGAAGGUCUCAAGUAUUUGUCAGCCUUCCAUUAUGAAGUUCAAUGCUUUUUUUUAAAAAGUUCAAUUUAUUGUAUUUUAACAGCACAUAACGUAUGGUAACAGCUGCAGCAAAUUGCUGGGCAGAGUCCAGAACUGAUUCUCAGCAUUUAAUUGAACAUUAAUACUGUUUUCUCCAAGCAUUGUUGAGACUUUUCAUAAUGUUUAAAAGUGCUAUCCACUCAUUUUCGAGAACUGAGUUUGAAUUCUGUCCAGACUGAUGAGAAAGCUUGCAAUUGUCUGCUGGCCUUGAAAGUCCUAAGUGAAAUGAAUCUAGCUCUCAGCCCAGUUCCAAGGGGCUUGGUCUCUCAAACUGCCCAGAAUUAAAUGUCAGCAGUCACUGAUUUGACAGUGUCAUUUGGACCACAGGAUAGCUGAUGUCGGAAAUAAAUAUUUGUCAAAUUAAUGCUGAAAAUGAUGCUCUUGUGAAGGGGCUGAGGCUUAUUGUCUUAACAGUAUCGAGAGAGCUGAGUGUUUUAUGGUAAUAGUGUCUGAAAUGGGAAAUUACGAAUCAACGCUAUAGUGAAGGAGUGCUGCACUUAUAGCUUUUGCAUCAUCAAGCUUUGAUAGUGGCAUUGAUUUUAUCUGUUUAUUAUCUUGCAAUAUUGCAAAUGGACCAAGUGUGUUUAGCUCUGGACAGGAUCUAGAGAAAAGUCGUUUUCUGCACUUCUUUUCUCCCUUGUGCUCUACUUGAAAUCCAGCUUUUAUUUGCUUGUGUUUCUGUUUCCUUGGAAAAUGUGUAGCUGCCAGAAACUUCAGCCUUACUUGCUUGUUGCAGAAACGGUAGAUAGUUGUAUUCAAGCAGCCAGGUUUAAAUUGUGAUGGAAAGAAGCUUAAAUGGUAUUCUGUAUGGCUAUGAAGCUGCUGCGUUGUAUUACUUGUCAGUUUUAUUACUGCUGAGCUGUUACCUACACACAGUCCUUUACCACCAAAUCCUCUGCUGUCGUGUGUGUGACCAAUAGAUUUUAAUUGAACCUUAUCUCUACUGUUCUCUGUAUAAAUUAUUAUAUUUUGCAUUAUCAUUGCAUUGAAAAAUUUAUAAAAGAACUGCAAAAUAUUUGAAAAUUGCUUCUUUACCAUUGUAACGUCAAAGUACUUCAUAUUAGGAGAGAGAGUGCUGUUGCAACAUAAGCAAGUUCCAUCACAUCCCUAAUUGAUAAUGCUUCAUUCCCUAAUUUUGGUUUUGUGAGAAACAAGAUAGGAAAGCAAGUGCAUUUAAUUUUUGAUGUUAAUGAGCCUCCAGCUAGUAGACUGCAAUUUUAACAGAAUGUUGGCAAUCAUUUGUAAGGAGGCAACAAUAAAUUUAAAGAAACUUGCUUCAUUAAAUUAAUCAAGUUUUAUUUCAAAAUUAUUUAUGAAGGAUUUUAGACAAGUGACUACUUCAGUUUGGAAGAUGAUUCACUCCAUUGCUACACUGGACAUUUGUUCCUUUGGUUUUUAACCUGUAUAGGAAAAAAAUUACUACAGAAAAUAAUCAUUUUAUGCUAAGAUUAACAUUCUGUAAACAGUGUUGAAUAAAAGUGAGAGAUUCUGGCA